UAUAUACUUUGAACCCUAGAAAUAUAUAAAGCCCCCAUUUUUUCGCCGUUCUUUCUCUUUCAUACUGGUAUUUUAUGCGGUUCAUCCGUGUAAUAAUACCACGGAAUACCAGAAAUCUUGAAGAGGAGUUUUGAAGAAAACCCGUAAUCUAUUUUAGCUUGAGAAGAUGAGAGGAGGCAAUCUGUGGCAGCUGGGGCAAUCCAUAACCCGUCGUCUUGCUCAGUCCGAUAAGAAGGUUGUGUCCCGUCGGUACUUUGCCUCUGAAGCUGACCUGAAAAAGACUGUCCUGUACGACUUUCAUGUCUCCAAUGGCGGAAAGAUGGUUCCAUUUGCAGGAUGGAGCAUGCCCAUUCAGUACAAAGACUCCAUCAUGGAUUCAACCGUAAACUGCAGGCAGAACGGGAGCUUGUUCGAUGUCUCUCACAUGUGUGGUUUGAGCCUUAAGGGCAAAGACUGCAUUCCUUUCCUCGAAACCCUAGUGGUUGCUGAUGUGGCUGGUCUUGCCCCAGGGACAGGGAGCCUGACCGUGUUUACGAAUGAGAAGGGCGGCACCAUUGAUGACUCUGUGAUCACCAAGGUGACGGAUGAUCAUAUCUAUUUGGUGGUGAAUGCUGGUUGUAGGGACAAGGACUUGGCUCAUAUCGAGGAGCAUAUGAAAGCUUUCAAGUCGAAAGGUGGCGAUGUCUCUUGGCAUAUCCAUGACGAGAGAUCUCUUCUCGCCCUUCAGGGUCCUCUGGCUGCUCCGGUGCUUCAACACCUGACGGAAGAAGAUUUGAGCAAGCUGUACUUUGGGCAAUUCAAGAUUAUGAACAUCAAUGGCGCCUUGUGCUUUCUCACCAGAACCGGGUACACUGGAGAAGACGGGUUUGAGAUCUCUGUCCCGUCCGAGCAUGCAGUGGAUCUAGCCAAAGCAAUCUUAGAGAAAUCCGAGGGAAAAGUCAGGCUGACGGGUCUAGGUGCCCGUGACAGUCUCCGCCUAGAAGCCGGGCUAUGUCUGUACGGAAAUGACAUGGAACAACACAUAACCGCGGUGGAAGCGGGUCUGAACUGGGCAAUAGGCAAACGAAGAAGAGCAGAAGGCGGGUUCCUUGGGUCGGACAUAAUCCUUAAACAGCUCCAAGACGGUCCCUCCAUUAGACGGGUCGGGUUCUUCUCCUCAGGACCGCCUGCGAGAUCUCACAGUGAGGUUCAGGACGAGAACGGGAACAAGAUUGGGGAGAUCACAAGUGGAGGGUUUAGCCCCAACUUGAAGAAGAACAUUGCAAUGGGAUAUGUGAAAUCGGGUUUGCACAAGAAUGGGACCAAAGUUAAGAUCUUGGUCCGAGGAAAACCGUAUGAAGGGAACAUCACCAAGAUGCCUUUCGUUCCGACGAAAUACUACAAGCCCUCGUAGUUUUCUUCUUCUUCUUGUGUUCUUGCCUCCAAUUCAGACCAGUCUCUGUUUUUCGUUGUCUGAAAAUGACUGAUGUUUCUCUAUGUUUCUUCUAAACGAUUUGAAAUUUCAUGAUCGUUGUGUUAUUCUACGAUCUUUAUGGCA